UAUAUUCCUUGUUCGAACGUUCUACAACUACGCAAGGGCCAGCCAGUGCAGAAUCUACUCCACCGGUUUGAUCACAUCCUUUCCAUGUCAAGUUCGGACCGAACAUGUUGCGGUGUCGUAGAAGAGGCACGCACACGGUCACGCAACCGACGAGGGAACAAACCCCAACCCUGGAUUGUUCUCAAGUUCGCCGUUGGACUGACGUUAGCUCUGAUUGCAUAUACAGGCUAUGUCUACGUCGGUAUAUUCUGUAAAGAUAUGAUUGUAAAGAAUGAGAGUGCAUUGGGAAGUCUGACAACCGGCAUCAUAUUUGUGGUAGUAUACAGUUUCCUUCUCUUGAUAACUGUAUGGUCGUAUUUCGCGGUCGUCACCACAUCACCAGGGUAUCCAGCAGACUUUAUAGAAAAAGUAGAGCUUGAGCGGCCUGUGCAGCCGCCAGUACAUGCGCAGCAACCCGCUACUUCCGAUGACACUCGUGGAAUGUCUUUCGAGCUUAUGUCCCCUGCAGUCGACGUAUCUAAUCAUGCCUCGGCCUUAUCAAAUGCAGGGAAUAAUGUACCUGUGACACACCCCGCUGUUCCAGCAGCAACGAAGCAAGACAGGGUUUAUCAUCCGACUCUCCAUUAUCAAGGCACGUCUACCCCUGGCGAAGCACACAUCGUGGACGUACCCGCCAAUCAUGAAUCUGUGCACGUCCCGGGUUCUGCACCACACCCACCCCACGAGAACUUCGGCAACCCCAACUUGGAUGCGUCUUCAGCCAUGUUUGCGCGACGGCCGUCGACGACACCUGUCCUUACCCCUGAGUAUCGUUUCUGCAAUAGAGACAGAAUCAUCAAGCCUCCUCGUACACAUCAUUGCCGAGCUUGUGGCACCUGCGUUCUAAAGUAUGAUCAUCACUGUCCAUGGGUCGGGCAUUGCGUCGGUGCUUACAAUCACAAGUUUUUUGUUAAUUUCGUGCAGUGGGCGUCGAUACUUUCCUUUUGGAUGUUCGCAACGGUCUUGGGUCUGAACAUCAAGUCGCGGAUGAGACCCUCGGCUCCCGCACUCAACCCACAACAUAUUGUUUUAAUGGCUCAAACGGCUCUCUUCGGCCUUUUCUGUUUCCUCAUGUUCCUGACACAAGUGCAGCUGAUUAUGUUGAACCAAACGACUGUGGAAUCCCUUGGAUUCAGGUCGAUGCAAGAGCGCGAACAGGAUAAUCUGACGCAUAUGCAUCGUUGGUAUGAAUGUGGAGCUAAGAAACGAACGCGGCGACGUUGGGAUAAGGAAUGGGGCAGGAUCGGCAAGGAGGGUAAUCUCUGGUGGCUAGGAAGCCGUCGAGCAAACUGGGAAAGCGUCAUGGGCAAGAACGUAUGGUGGUGGUUCCUACCAGUCGGUCACGGGCUCGACGAUGGAAUGAACUUUCCUACAAACCCACGAUUUGACAAGGAAGGGAGAUGGAGGAGAAGGAGAGAGUGGCCUUCUGACUUGCGAUGAUAUACGCCCAUUUUUUUCUGCUGAUUUUACGCACGCACGCACUACAUGCUAUGAUACCACAUUUACAAAAUUUGGCUUUGGCCAGGACGGACGUCGGUUUCUUGAUCGGAUAUGCGGAUUUUUGGAUAUUCUCUAUGCAGAAACAUCUUUUUGUUGUACACUACAUUCAAUGCUCACUGGUUCCUGUUC